AUGGCUGCUUCGACACCCAGUGGAGCUCCAAGCUCCAAGGAGAAGAAAUACGACAGACAACUUCGUCUCUGGGGAGCAAACGGCCAGAACAGGUUAGAGAGUGCUCACAUCGCGCUAUUCAAUGCUUCCGCCGCGGGCUGCGAGAUCCUCAAGAACCUGAUCUUGCCUGGCGUCGGUCAAUUCACCGUAAUCGACGACAAACUGGUGGAAGAGGCGGACCUAGGCGCCAACUUCUUCCUUGACGAAGAAUCGCUUGGGAAACCUAGAGCUGAGCGGACAGCAGCACUAUUAGGAGAGCUGAACCCUGAUGUCAAAGGAAAUUAUCUUGUUGAUAGUCUCUCCAAUAUCUUGUCCACUAAACCAGAGCUUUUAAAUCCUCGUUCAACGUCCUUCACACAUAUAGUCAUCAUCUCCCCAGUUCCCACGCCAUUACUCCUUCAGAUCCCGAUUGAAAUCCCGGUAUUUCUAGUUAAUUGCGUGGGACUCCUUUUUACGCUACGAAUCUCAGCCCCGUUACACACAAUUGUCGAGGCUCAUCCAGAAUCUUUAGUAGACCUUCGACUAUUGAAUCCUUGGCCCGAACUUUCCGCUCUGGCAGCUAAAAAGACCAAAAAUCUUGAAGUGCAGCAGGAGAUGGAUGGAGAUGAGGGGAUGAGUGACCAUGAACACGGCCACGUCCCAUACCUGAUUCUGUUGUUGAAGUACCUUGACGACUGGAAGAGGAGGCCCGAAGGAGAUGGAACCCACCCUUCAGGCUACAAAGAGAUGACGGCUUUCAGAUCCUUUGUCCAGGCUAAAAUGAGAACUCAUGUCCCAGGUGGCAGUGAGGAGAAUUAUGAGGAAGCCGUUGCGGCCGUGCUUAAGCAUGUUCGAAAAGCAGAACUCUCAGAAAAUGCUAAGACGGUUCUUGACCACCCAGCUUGUGCCAAUAUAUCAUCCGAGUCAACCAAUUUCUGGAUCAUUGCCAAGGCGGUCAAGCAAUUUCUUGAGAGCCCGGAACAGGGGAAUGGACUUUUACCAUUAUCUGGUGGUAUACCAGAUAUGAAAGCUGAAAGCAACGACUACGUUGCUUUGCAAAAUGUUUACAAAAACAAAUCUCGCCAAGACGCCUCUUUAGUUCAAAAGAAUGUCCAGUCCACUCUCUCUUCAAUCGGACGGGAACCUUCUUCCAUUUCACUUGAAGAAAUUGAGCUUUUCUGCCGUCACGCUAACUUCCUUCGUGCGAUAUCUUUCCGUCCCUUCUCUGCGGAGCUUUCUACCGACGACUUUCACAAAGAGGUCGUAAAGGCUGCUUUCGAGAGUUGGGACGCCGACUCAUCUCUCAUUAAUGAUUAUGUCGCAUUCAGAGCUUUUCAAGAAUUUAUUACUCGGAGCGGCGGAAGAGCACCUGGUGACACAGAGGGACCCAUCGAUGAAGAUACCGCAGAGAUGCGAAGACUUGCCAAAGCGUAUCUCAGCGAGGUGGGUUGUAGUCCAGAGCUCACUGAGCGGACCGAAAAUAUUAUCGGUGAACUCGUAAGAUAUGGCGGUGCAGAGCUCCAUAAUAUUGCAUCGCUUGUAGGAGGUCUCGUUGCGCAGGAAGUAAUUAAGGUAUGA